UAGGUUAUAUUCCCGGAAAGACCAAGCCCACUACGGUACCGUUUAAUGUUUUAGACACAUUUUGAAAUACAGUUUUACUUAAAAUUGAUAUAACGUCGCACUUUGACGAUAUAUGUGUAAAUAAUAACAGAGACUUUUAUUGUGAAGAGUACUUUUACUGUGGUGGGCUUUUCGUCACUGUCCAGCUUCACGACGCCUGGAUCAAUAAAUGUAGCUAGUUAGCAGUAACUAAAGCUAACAUGGGAGAAAUGGUUUGUGGACGGUGAUGCUAACAAACUGCGCUAACGCUGUGCUUGACUGUGAGUUGAGCUAACGACAGUCUGAUGAGAUUGCAUCACUGACUGGGUGAUGUCCGCCCAGCCUCUGCAGCAGUCCGGGGAGGAUUCAGCAGCAGCCUGCUAACAACUGAGCCAGCCCGGCUAGCUGAUGCUGAUGACUGGCUGUUUCCUGACAUUGAUUUGCAGUGGGAGGCACCAUGGCCGGUAAGGUGAAGUGGGUGACAGAUAUUGAAAAAUCAGUGCUCAUCAACAACUUUGAGAAGAGGGAAUGGAUUCAAGUCGCAGAAAACGAGGACUGGAAUUUCUACUGGAUGAGCAUCCAGACCAUCAGGAAUGUGUUCAGUGUGGACACCGGCUACCGCCUGUCAGAUGACCAGAUGGUUAACCACUUCCCCAACCACUAUGAGCUGACCAGGAAGGACCUGAUGAUCAAGAACAUCAAACGCUACCGUAAGGAGCUGGAGAAGGAAGGCAGCCCGCUGGCAGAGAAGGACGAGAACGGAAAAUACAUUUAUCUGGAUUUUGUUCCUGUGACGUUCAUGCUCCCGGCCGAUUAUAAUUUGUUUGUGGAGGAGUUUCGUAAGAAUCCGUCCAGCACCUGGAUCAUGAAGCCCUGCGGGAAGGCCCAGGGCAAAGGCAUCUUCCUCAUCAACAAACUCUCCCAGAUCAAAAAGUGGUCCAGAGACAGCCGCACCUCCACGUUUGUAGCAGCCUCUAGUGGUAAAGAAGCAUAUGUCAUCUCUCUAUACAUUGACAAUCCUCUGCUGAUAGGAGGGAAGAAGUUUGACCUGCGUCUCUAUGUCUUGGUGACCACGUAUCGGCCUCUGAAAUGCUACAUGUACAAGCUGGGCUUCUGUCGGUUCUGCACAGUGAAGUACACCCCCAGUACAAGUGAAUUGGAUAACAUGUUUGUUCACCUCACUAAUGUGGCCAUCCAAAAACAUGGGGACGACUACAACCACGUUCAUGGAGGCAAGUGGACGGUCAGUAACCUCCGUUUGUACCUAGAGAGCACCAGAGGAAAAGAGGUGACGAGCCGACUGUUUGACCAGAUCCACUGGAUCGUGGUGCAGUCCCUGAAAGCUGUGGCUCCUGUGAUGAACAAUGACAAGCACUGUUUUGAAUGUUAUGGCUAUGACAUCAUUAUCGAUGACAAGCUGAAGCCAUGGCUUAUCGAGGUCAAUGCCUCUCCCUCGCUGACCUCCAGCACGGCCAACGACCGCAUCCUCAAGUACAACCUCAUCAACGACACCCUCAAUAUCGUCACGCCCAAUGGGGACAUCCCGGACUGCCGCUGGAAUCGCAGCCCACCCCGAGAGGCCCUGGGCAACUACCAAGUCCUGUACGAUGAGGAGCAGGCGCAGAGCGAGAAUGCUGAACGUGACCUGCGGAGCCGCUCAGGUCAGUCGCUGGGGUCAAAGGGCACCAAGGGGAGUGCAGGAGUUCGCCCUGUUGCCGCCACCUGGAAGUGAGGUGAUAUUAGUGACUCUUAAUGACUUCCUGUACAAAAUUACAGAGUCCAUCAGUGGGGCACAGGGGAUAAAAAAAGGACCACCCAGACUUUUUUUAGCCCAACUAUCCAGUGGAGGACUGCUCUCUCUCUCUCUCCCUAUCUCUGCACAUUUCACUGACUGAGGCACAAGGGGCAAUAACCCCACUGCUGCAGGGGAGAGAAAUCAACAACGGGAUCAUAUUUGGAGAGUUUAAAGGCCCGGGGUUUGUGGCUGCUUGUAUGAAUGUGUAACCAGAAAUGACAUUAUGUUGGUAUAAGAAUCGAGUCAAAUCAAAUCAAGUUCAUUCCCUAAAGUAUCACUUGAAAUCUCUCAACAGCAGCAACUGUUCUCAACUUAGACCAAACUCUUUUUAAAAAAAAGGAAACAUUACCCAUAAUAACCUUUAGAAAACACUGGAUGAAACCCUGGGAGAGGACUCCGACAGCUGGGGAGGCAGUAGGAGCCACAAAUGGGAAAGUUGCAGUUAAGCAAAAUGGAAAACACAAAAAUCCAAGAUGAGCAAGAGGGACCUGAACUAUGCACGAUAACUGAAUACUGACCUUUUAACUUGACCCAUCACACAGACGCUAAGAAGAAGGAGCUCUGUGAACUGUAUGGACAAAGACAUGACAUCCGAUAAAUAGAAAAAGUAUAGUCAUGAUUUAUUUAUAGACAGUUGAUGGAGAAAACCAACAGAUCUAAGUGUAUAAUGACCCUUAAAUAGAAUUUAAUAAUGUUUUUAUAUGUUCAUUAUCAGUAUGUUUAUGACGGGGGGGUUUCAUUAAGAUCGAUUGUAUUCAGUGCUGAACCCUGUUGCACUUUAUCGCUUUAUUUGCUGAACUGAUAUCCCAUGUUGCAUUUUGAGUUGGACUGCUGACGUCAUAUCUGCUGCGCAUUUUCAAUAAUCCUGCAACUUUCCUGCAGCUGCUGAAAUAUUGAACCACUGAUGAUGUAUAAAUAUCCAUGUUUUAAUUCAUUAACAUAGGGGGGUUGAACUGCAAUAUUUGAAGUUCCAUACUCAUCAUGAAUAUUAAGCAUUUAACUUCUGUAGAAUUUAUCACCAACGCAAUGAUUAGGGAGAUUUUACAUUAACUAGGGCAGGUGUUCAAAUGUCGGUUUUACCUUUAAUGUGACACUUUGAUUUAAUCAGUACAAAGUCUUUGAUUAACAUGAUCUUAAUAAUCACUUUGCUCUAAAAAAAAAAACUAUUCUCUAAAAGAACAGGGGUUCAUUUUGUGAACUGAUGAGAGGAAAAUGGUUAAAGGCUGUAACCAAAUAAAAUCAAGUUACAUUAUAUUAUUAAUCAGAUGGACUAGACUGUUUGUCUUUAACAUUAGUAUUAAAAAUUAGUUUUCAUUUCUGGCAGUAAAGCGGUUUAUAUUAUGUAUUUUUGCCUUAUUACAUGUCAUCCUCAGUGCGAUGUUGAUCCUCAAACAGUAGCGUUCAAACUUGCUCUGAUGUAUAAACUCAUUUGGUGAUUUGUGGAAUUAAAUGCUGCUUUUGUAUGACUAGUGUUUUAAUUUUGCUUUGAAAUAACAAACAGAAGGAAAAUUCCCUAUUGAUUAUGUCUUUAUUUGCUCUUUAUCAAUUUUUGCUCUUUAUAAAGUUCCAUUUAAUGCCAUGCUAACAUUAUGGAGUUGAGGUUUUUUCAUUUCUUGUCACUACAUUGUGUGAAGGGGCCCUAUAGCCUUUGAUGAAUCUAAUCUGUCUGGAGUGUAGAUUAAUCAGAGGUCAAUCCUUCAAAAGCCAAACGACCUCCGCUCUUAUGUUGUUGCUGUUGCCACGGCAGUAAAGUAGGUCUCUGCAUGGCACAGUUCCUUGACCUUGAAAGUCUGACACCGCCUCACCAACACCACCUUGUUGUUUCCUCCUUGGUCCAGCAGCUGGUUACUACAUGUAGAGCAGCAGCUGGACAAGGCAAACAAGUCAAACAUGUGUUGAUCUGUGAUCUCCAACCAAAUAACCCCAACCUUCUGAUCUCUGUUAGUCAUUGUUGGGCAAUGAGACAUAGUGUACACAUCCUCCUGCACUGGAGAGCAAACUUAAUGCAAAGUUAAUUCUGAGGUGUAGCCGGAUGUCAAAUAAGGACCUGAGGCUGUGGCUGGGUUCCCACUGCUGGUUUUCUUUUUUGUGGUUAUAAACUGUGCAAGUUAUGUUGUGUACAUGACGAAACAAGCUUCUCUGUUUUUAGCAUUGAGGUAAUGACACUCCUCUGUAUGACAAAUUCAUCAUUUUAGUUCAUUUUAAUUUUUGUCGUCCUGUCAAUAAAAUAUCCAUAUUGGUGCUGU